AGCCGUGGGUCAGCUUUGCUGGGGAAACUCUCACUAGUUCAUUUCUCUGCAAAAACACUGAGGGUGAAAGAACCAGCAGGACUAUCUUCAAAAUGGCUUCCAGAGCCUCCACCCGCCAGUCCUCCUCCUACACCAGGAUGUUCGGCGGGGAGCGCGCAAGCGUGGCUCGCUCCACUUUCUCCAGCUCGCGCUACUCCGCCAGCCCCGUGCGCUCAUCUCGGAUGAGCUACAGCGCCUCCUCCGCGCCUCCCUCCAUCUCCAUCUCCUCCAGCAGGAGCAGCAGGCUGCGUAGCGCGCCAUGGCCCCGGCUCUCCACGGACACGCUGGACUUCGCCCUGUCCGACGCCAUCAACACCGAGUUCAAGGCCAACCGCACCAACGAGAAGGCCGAGAUGCAGCACCUGAACGACCGCUUUGCCAGCUACAUAGAGAAGGUGCGCUUCCUGGAGCAGCAGAACAAGAGCCUGAUCUCCGAGCUGGAGCAGCUAAGGGGCAAAGGAACGUCCCGCGUGGGAGAUCUGUACGAGGAGGAGAUGAGAGAACUGCGUCGGCAAGUGGACCAGCUGACCACAGACAAAGCCAGAGUGGAGGUGGAUAGAGACAACCUGGGAGAGGACCUUCAGCGCCUCAGAGAGAAACUUCAAGAAGAGAUCAUUCAAAGGGAAGAUGCUGAAAAUAACCUCCAGAGCUUUAGACAAGAUGUUGAUAAUGCUUCCCUGGCUCGUCUGGACUUGGAGCGAAAGGUGGAGUCCCUACAGGAGGAGAUCCUUUUCCUCAAAAAGCUUCAAGAUGAGGAGAUUGCUGAGCUCCAGGCCCAGAUCCAUGAUCAGCACGUGCAGAUUGAUUUGGAUGUGGCCAAGCCUGAUCUGACCGCUGCCCUGCGGGACGUCCGCUUGCAGUACGAAACUCUAGCCACCAAGAACAUCCAGGAGGCAGAGGAAUGGUACAAAUCCAAGUUUGCUGAUCUGUCAGAGGCUGCUGCUCGUAGCAAUGAAGCCAUCCGUUUGGCCAAACAGGACUCCAACGAGUACCGUCGCCAGGUCCAAGCUCUGACCUGUGAGGUGGAUGCUCUUAAGGGCACUAAUGAAUCUCUGGAGCGUCAGAUGAGAGAGCUGGAGGAUAAUUUUGGUGUAGAGUCAGCUGGUUACCAGGACAACAUUGCUCGUCUGGAAGAUGACAUCCGUAACAUGAAAGAUGAGAUGGCUCGCCACCUGCGCGAGUACCAGGACCUGCUCAAUGUCAAAAUGGCUCUGGACAUUGAGAUUGCCACCUACAGGAAAUUGCUGGAAGGAGAAGAGAGCAGGAUCACCCUGCCCAUGCCUAACAUCUCUUCUUUUAAUCUAAGAGAGGCCUUGCUAGAAAGCAGACCAACAAUUGAGAACCUUUCCAAAAAGGUGGUGAUUAAGACUAUCGAGACAAGAGAUGGACACGUAAUUAAUGAGUCCACUCAGCGUCAUGAAGAGCUGGAAUAAACUGCAUGUGAAACCUGUGGAAGAUAGGAGUGAUGGGGCACUGAGGAGGAGUGCACAGUAGCGGGUUGCCAUAUAGAAUGUUGGGUAUUUCUGUUGUUUCUGUGAGAGUAACAAACAGCUUUAAAGUGCCUUUUGCCAUAACAUAAAGAUCUGCACACAGAGUUGUGUUGCAGCAGACUAGACACUGUAGGCCAAUGAGGAAACCAGCUUUACCAGUAUUCCUGUUUACUACAAGUUCCGUAGUUAACACUGUACAAGACCACAGCAAUAAUCUGAGUGACUGCUUUUCUGUUUUGUAUUUGUUAUCCAAAAUUUAGAUUGUCUUGUGUACACAAUAAAACACCAAACUGAUACUGCUUUCACGAAGUCAUUAAACCUUGUCAAAAUUGA